GUGUGGCAGCUCCUCCCAGAGCAGCAGUAGUGCCAGUAGAUAUAAACUCAGCCGGUGGAGCUGCUCACUUUACUUGCACAUUGGGAUUAUCACUAGGAAACAGAGAAGUUUGGAACUGUGUGAAACAAGCUCCCUGAUUGUCUUGCUGAUGGCGAGGGCUACUUGCAUUCCACGUCUGCUGCUGCUGCUGAUAAUCAUACAAGGGAGUCUUUUCAAAUACAGCGAAGCGUACAAUAUUGGCCUUUCUGGAGCAAAGAUAUAUUCUGGGCCUGUGAACGAGCAGUUUGGAUAUUCAGUUCAGCAGUUUCAUAAUCAAGAUGGAAACUGGUUGCUUGUUAGUUCCCCUUGGAGUGGUUAUCCAAACAAUAGGAUGGGAGACAUUUACAAGUGUUCUGUCAACUCACCAACGGCCAGAUGUGAUAAAAUGAAUCUAGCGGUUGCAACUAUCAUUCCAAACGUUACGGAGAAAAAAGAAGAAAUGAAUCUUGGUCUGACCUUGUUGAGAAAUGAAAAUACAGGAGGAUUUUUGGCUUGUGGACCAUUGUGGGCACAACAGUGUGGUAACAAUUAUUAUGCCACCGGUGUAUGUUCUGAUGUAAGCCCAAAUUUUAAAGUACUUAGAAGUUUUUCACCAGCUCUUCAAACAUGUUCAUCUUAUAUUGAUAUUGCGAUUGUGUGCGAUGGAUCAAACAGCAUUUAUCCCUGGUAUGCUGUAAGAAAUUUUUUGGAAAAGUUUGUGCAAGGCUUAGAUAUAGGACCAUCAAGAACCCAAGUAAGCCUCAUCCAGUAUGGAAAUGAUCCCCGUGUGAUGUAUAAAAUGAAUACAUAUAAAACAAAAGAAGAGAUGGCCCAGGCCAUAACUGGUAUUGAUCAAAUGGGUGGCACUCAAACAAACACUUUCAAAGCCAUUGAUUUUACAAGACAGUUUGCCUUCUCUAAAGAAUAUGGUGGGAGGCCAAAUGCCAACAAAGUCAUGGUUGUCAUCACAGAUGGUGAAUCACAUGAUAAUGCACUCUUAUCAAAAGUGAUCGGUGACUGUGAAAAGGACAACAUCAUAAGAUUUGGCAUUGCGGUUUUAGGCUACUACAACAGGUACAAUAUCGAUAGCAAAAACUUGAUCAAAGAAAUCGAGUCCAUUGCCAGUGUUCCGAAGGAGAAAUUCUUUUUCAAUGUGUCGGAUGAGGUUGCCUUGUUAGAAAAAGCAGGAACCUUGGGAGAACGCAUUUUUAGUAUCGAAGGCACCACUCAAGGAGGUGAGACUUUUCAAAUGGAAAUGUCCCAAGUUGGUUUCAGUGCACAGUAUUCAGAAAGUCAGGGAACACUGAUGUUGGGGGCUGUCGGUGCCUACGAUUGGAGUGGCACAGUAGUCCAUGAAAAAUCAAAGCAGUUUUCUAUUUUUCCAUAUAAAGCAUUUGAAAAAGUUCUGCAUGAUCGGAAUCAAAGCUCAUAUUUAGGAUAUUCUGUAGCUGUUAUAAAUAUGAAAAACUCUGUGCAUUUUGUUGCUGGUGCUCCAAGAACAGACUACACCGGUCAAGUCGUGGUGUAUAAUAUUACCAGCCAGGGAAAUGUGUCAGUCAUUCAGACCCAAAGAGGAGAGCAGAUUGGUUCCUAUUUUGGAAGUGUUUUAUGCUCUGUAGAUGUCAACAGAGAUUCCAUUACUGAUGUCCUUUUAGUGGGAGCACCUACGUUCAUGAAUGAGUACAAGAAAGAAGAAGGGCAAGUGUACAUGUUCUCUAUUCGAGAUGGAAUUUUAGUUCAACGUGAACAGUUGGAAGGUCCUAAAAGCCUGGAGAAUACUAGGUUUGGCUCUGCCAUAGUAGAGCUCUCCGAUAUCGAUUUGGAUGGUUAUAAUGAUGUUAUCGUAGGAGCACCAUUGGAAAACCAGAACAGUGGAGCAAUUUAUAUUUUCAAUGGAAACAAAAACACAAUCAGAACCAAAUAUUCCCAGAAAAUUUUGGGUUCUUCAUUCAACCCAGGGCUGCAGUACUUUGGCAGAUCUGUUGAUGGACACCAGGAUUUAAAUGGUGAUAAGAUAAAUGAUGUAUCAGUGGGGGCUUAUGGAAAAGUUAUUCAGCUAUGGUCUCAGCAUGUAGCUGACGUGUCAGUGAAAGCUUUAUUUAUUCCACAACAAAUCGUUCUUACAAACAAGAAUGCUGAAGUGACAGUGAGAAUAUGUUUUAGUGCCGUAUUCAGACCUGCCAAUUCCCAGAACUCAGUAGCUGUGACGUAUAACGCCACUUUAGACGCCGAUCUUCUCUCAUCGAGAGUGACAUCUAGGGGACAAUUUAGGGAAAGCAAUGACCGGUUCUUACAGAGGAAUAUUGUCAUUGGUCCCACGGAAAGCUGUUUUGAACACGUGUUCAAUGUUCAGGAGACUUCUGAUUCGGAGAAUGCUCUCGCUCUACGGAUUAAUGUCGUUGCACAGAAUCCAGGCUCAAGCCCUGUCUUGAACCCUUAUUCAUCAAGUUCCACAGAAUGGUUUAUUCCAUUCCUGAAAGACUGCGGUGAUGACAAAAUCUGUAUAUCAGACCUCUCUCUGCAGAUUCAACAGAUACCUAGUGAUAUCAAGUUGCCCUACAUUGUCAGUAUGAAGGACCGGCGCCUCCUGUUCCAAGUAACACUGACCAAUAAACUGGAGAAUGCCUACAACACAAGACUCAAUGCCAUAUUCUCAGAGAACUUGUUCUUUGCAUCCUCUACAAUUCCAAGGGAUGGAACAGAGGUGCUCUGCCAAGUUGGUAACACACAAAAUUCAGUCAGCUGCUUAAUUGGUUUUCCUUUUCUUAAGGACAGCCAAAAGGUUAUAUUUGACAUUUGGUUUGAUUUUAAUCUGAACAAUCUCCAGAAUACAGCAUUUAUUUACUUCCAGGCAACAAGUGAGAGCAGAGAAGCUCGAGAAGAAGACAAUUCAGUUAAUAUAACGUUGCCAGUUCAGUAUGAUGCGGAAAUCCACCUUACAAGGGUUACCAACAUAAAUUUUUAUGAAGUGUUUCCUGGCUUGAAUAUCCCAUCGGUGGUAAACACAUUUGAUGAUAUUGGCCUAGAAUUCAAUUUCACAGUAAAAGUUAGCACUGGAACAGUUCCACUAAAAACAGCUUAUCUCUCCAUUAACGUACCACAGUUCACAAAAUCAAACAAUCCACUGCUGUACAUCACUUCAGUCCAAACUGACCAGAUGACUGGUGUUUCUUGCAAUGCAGUUAUAAAUCCAGCACACGUAGGAAAAAUUCCAUACAAACCAUCAUUCAAAGAAGAGAACCUAAAAGCUGUCCAUGUGUUGAACUGUGAGAGUGCCCGGUGUGUCGCCAUCAAAUGCUUCCUGGAAAACCUGCAGCUCAGAGAAGAUUAUUAUGUAAAUGUAUCUACCAGAAUCUGGAACGGAACAUUUGCAGCUGCACAUUUCCAGACUAUAGAGUUAGUUGCAAAUGCAAAACUUGAAACAAUUGACUCUGAAAUAUUCGUCGUCAGCAACAAAGAUGUAAUGAUCCCACUGACAAUAACAAAGCCUGGAGAGAAAUCGGAAGUUCCGAUUGGAGUAGUGAUUGGAAGUGCCAUUGCUGGGCUUGUUCUUUUAGCUGCACUGGUUGCCCUCUUGUGGAAGCUCGGCUUCUUCAAAAGGAAAUAUCAAAAACUUCAGAAAACGGAAGAAGAAAUUGCAGAGACCACGCAAUUAAACUGAACCUUGGAGUAGAACAGAAAGGAACUGCCUAUGAAUGCUGCCGCUGUGCUCCAAGCACUGAAUUAAAAAUGUAAAUUUUUGUUGCUACGGAUAAAUUAUAGGGUUUUUUUACAGAAUGUAGAAACACUGCGGUGCAGUUGUGUUUUUGGGACAACACUGCUAGCUGGUCUGGGGUACUUUGCUAUGGAUGCGUAAUCCGAUUAUGUUCUGUGUUCAUUUGCGUUGCAGUCCUGCAUAUGGAGUCCUUCUCAAACGGUAUCUGCUCUGGAUGUAGGAAAAUCAUUAGUGGGGAUUUGGGGAUUUUCGUGAAAAUUUUUUAUGUCUUAUAAACUGCACUUCUGCCACCACUUCUCUGUGACGUAUGCUCAACCAUACACUUGAACCAGGGAUCCCUGACCUUUUUUUUACCUGUGAGCCACACGAGUAAAACGAGUUGGGGAGCAACACAAGCAUGAAAAAAAUUCCUGUGGGUGAAAAAUAAGGACUGUGAUUGGCUAUUUGGUAGUCCUUAUGUGGAUAGUCAGCCCACAGGAGGCUCUGUUUAGUACUACAUGUGUUUUUAUGAAACCAAAUCUUGCCUAGAAUUAAAAAAGAAGCACCUGCUUUGAGGCCAUUGGGAGCAACUUGCAAGGAGCUGGUAAACAACAUGUUACUAGUGAGCCACUGGUUGGGGAUCAUUGAACUGAACUGCUGUUUUUCUGACCUUGGGACAAUGUUAGAUGUUAUCAUUUCAAGCUGACAUAAUGAUCUAAAAAAGAUCAAAAGCGAGCAAUCUGUAAAUGAGCAAAUGUACGUGGAUGUAUACCAAGCAGGGAUUUAACCGAAAAACCCUUUUUAGAGGGACAGUUUACUGUUAUGUUUGUCUUACGACAAUAAUAUUAUAAAAUGAAUAGUGAUUGGCGAAUUUGUCCCGUUUCGCUUCACCAGAAAAAUGCACGAAAUGCAAAUCUUGACAUUAAGUCAAUGAGCGUGUGCCGCCACCGGCGUCAAAGAACUUUUCUACAACUAAUUUUCGCACCAAUUUUGCAAAUCUAUUUGCUGGCGGGGUAAUUCACUGCAAAUUCAUGCCUGCCAAAUAAAUUCACCUAUCACUAAAAAUUAA